UCAGGAGGAGAGCGAGAGUGAGAAGGAGUUGAAAUAGGGCAGAGGCAGGAGCCGGAGCGCUGAGAGGAAAAACCAGCCCGGAGGAGCCGGAGGGAUGGCAAGCCGCUGCUGCUGCUGCUGCUGCUGAGAGUUGGGACGCGCUUUUACCACCAGUCACUAACACAGCUGCUAACUGAUCAACACCGGUCCGUUAAUUAAUCUGAAACCCUUUAAGCCCCUGCAGAGCGAGCGGGAGGAGAGGAGUGGGACUAAAAAAGAGCGCAGUUUGGACGCGUUGCUGCGAGGGGGGGAAAAAAAUCUGUGGCACAUUUGCUCGAAUUUCCCUUUCUUUCUGUCCUCUUGCCUCAGAACACCACAGGAAGACACUCAUGGGCAGCCUGGGUGUUUGGGCUGUGGCUGUGGCCGUGCUGCUGGGAACCUCAGGGUGCUGGCUGGCUGAAGGGCACAAGGGCAGCAGGCGAGGCAGCGUGGACAGAGUCAGCAUGUCACGUACCACCUCCCAGGAACCACACUCCAUGGAGAAGGGGAAAGCAGACGGGAACAUCGAUCAAUCCCUUUCCGACCAAGACGAAGAUCCGUGUCGGAGGACCUACUGUGGACGGGGUCGGCAGUGUGUGCUGAUGGCGGAAACUGGCCGCGCCGAGUGUGUUUGCCAGGAAAAAUGUCGGCCCUCCUUUGUCCCGGUGUGCGGCUCAGACGGCAGGUUCUACGAGAACCACUGCGAGGUUUACCGCACCGCCUGCCUGGAGAGGAGACGGAUCUAUGUGGUGCAUAGCAAGGACUGCUUCUUCAAAGGCAAUGCAUGCACCAUGUCAGAGUACAACAGGCUGAAAAACAUGCUGCUGGAUAUGCAACCCAAGGUGCUGAAGACUGGAGAGCAGAGCCAGCAGAGAGACAUGGAGGAGAAGAGAGCACUGGUGGACACCAUGUUCAAAUACCUGGAUGUGAACCAGGAUGGCAGACUGGUCAGUGAUGAGCUGGAAAAGAUCUCCAUGAAGGAGCACCUGGAGGACAGCCUGUUGGAGUGCACCAUGCAGGACCUGCUGCGUUACGACGACUACAACAACGACGGCCACCUCAGCCUGCAUGAGUUCUACACGGCUUUCCAGGUUGUCCAGCUCAGCCUGGCAGAGGACCAGCGCAUUAGUGUCUCCACAGUAACCGUUGGCCUCAGUGCCGUCCUUACCUGUGCCAUCCAGGGGACGCUGCGGCCACCAAUCAUCUGGAAGAGGAACAGCAUCAUAUUAAACUUCUUGGACCUGGAAGAUAUCAAUGACUUUGGGGACGAUGGCUCCCUGUACAUCACCAAGGUGACAACCAUCCACAUGGGGAACUACAGUUGCCAUGCCUACGGCUAUGAAGACCUCUAUCAGACACAUGUGCUACAGGUGAAUGUCCCUCCAGUGAUCCUGGUCUAUCCAGAGACGCAGGCCCAGGAGCCCGGUGUAUCUGCCAGCCUCCACUGCCAUGCCGAUGGCAUCCCAAAUCCCAAACUCCUCUGGCUGAAGAAUGGCAUGGACCUGCAGCCCAGAUCCUCCAAACAGCUUUCUCUCAUAGCAAACGGUAGUGAGCUCUUUAUUGGCAGCGUCCGGUAUGAGGACACUGGAGCCUACACAUGCAUCGCCAAGAAUGAAGUGGGAGUUGAUGAGGAUAUCUCUUCUCUGUUUGUUGAAGACUCAGCCAAGAAGACCCUUGCAAAUAUUCUGUGGAGAGAAGAAGGGUUGAGUGUGGGGAACAUGUUCUAUGUGUUUUCUGAUGAGGGCAUCACAGUUCUCCAGCCCAGUGAAUGUGAGAUACGAAGACACAUGAAGAGGACAGAGAGGAUUGUUGCUACCUAUGAGGAGAUGUGCCCUAAAGGUGAGGGGGUGUCACCUCAGCACUGCGUGUGGUCCUCAGCAGUCAACAUCAGGGAUAAGUACAUCUACGUGACCCAGCCCCUCCAGAGCCGACUCCUGGUCGUCGAUAUUCAGGCACAGAAGGUGGUGCAGGCAGUACCAACAGAUCCUUUUCCGGUGAAGAUGCUCUAUGACAAAUCACAUGACCAGGUGUGGGUCCUAACAUGGGGGGAUAUGGACAGAACACACCCAACACUUCAGGUAAUUCCUCAAGCCAGUGUGGGAGAAGUACACCAUGCCAUCCGCACAACUUUCCAGAGAGUCAAUGACUUCUUCAUUCCUCCAACCAACCUCAUCAUCACUCACGUGAGGUUUGCCUUCGUCUUCCUCAAAAAUGAACCUGCAAUACACAAGAUUGACCUGGAGACCUUCCACCGUGUCAAGACCAUCAGCCUGAAGAACUACAGCUGCAUACCAGUCAACAUGGCCUACACACAUCUGAGCGGCUUCUACUUCAUCCAGUGCCAGAGCAAGAGCCACCUGCAAGCCCCAUCCCAACUCCUCAUCGACAGCGUGACGGACGCCGUGAUUGGCCCAAACCUAAACAUCACAGGGCAGCCCUUUGUGUCACCGGACGGCCGCUACAUUGUGACACCUGACCCGCUGAGCUCGAAGCUGAUAGUUCAGACUGUGUCAUUCCAGGGGGAGCUGGGUCUGAACCAGGAACUGGACCAGCCUGUAGCUGUCUCUGAUCUUGUUUUCCAGCCCUCCUUCACGGAGUCCAACCAGCACAUGGUGGUGGCCACCUCGGGUUCAGGCACGGACCUGCUAUUUGCCGAUCUGUCCUCAGGCCGCACAGAGGUUCUCCGGAGCCUCAAGGAGCCCCUGGCCGCCCAAGCCUGGCCCUGGGGAGGCCCCAACAGAGUGGUGGUCUCCAGCGGGUUGUUCGGACAGUACCUGGUGACGCCAUCGGCUGAGUCCCUCUUUGUGCUGAACGGCAAACAGAGAACGCCACACUGCGAGGUGUCAGACAUCAAGAGAGGGAACACAGCUGUCUGGGUCGGCGAGGUAUGAGUAGGAAAAAAAAGGCAGGAGACAUAGGAUUAGGGAAAGAUGUAAGAGAAAAAAGAAAGAUCAGGCCAAAUUACCUAUAUAAAGAUUUACAUGAACAUAAGUUGUGGACUCAACCCUGGGACUGAGCGAGAGGGAAACAUGCCUGGGUUUAUUGUAACAAAAGUACACUUAAAAAUAGAGUAAUUGAGAAAACAUUAAGAAACCCUGUUGUGAUAUUUCUAUUGGGAGAAAGUGUCAAUGCCGUUCAGUGCAACAGUGAUCUAUGUGCACUUAACUAUACAGAAUUGUACAUUAUUGCACUUCCUUCCAUGUUAUCACAGCAAAUAGGUACCUGAAGAGGGGUUAUUAACAAACUAUGAACUAUGCACAAUGCUCACUUUUUUUAGAGUAAAAAGCUUUCCAGUUUUGUUUAUCUCAACAAUGUUUGUCGUUUUCACCAGUGCUGCAUAUAAUCACCACAAACAGUCUGUCUGUCCUGUCUGCCUUUAGUGUAUGUGUGUUCUGAGUCCUUUCAAAAGCUACCAGCCCAUCUGUUUACUCGCCUUUGUCACUGUAUUGUUCUGUAUCCUCACUCUGAAAGCUUUCUUUCUCCUCAUGCCGGCAGAGGUUGGCUUUAUGCACAUGUGUAAUACCCUCUAUUUACAUUGUCUAUCCAAAGAGCCCGAUUGGUCCAUUAGCUGUCAACAGUGGAUGUUUUCGCUCACGGAGGAGGCCCUACCCAGAAAUGAACAGAACCUGUUACAGUCUCUUGCAAUGGUAUAAUCUGUCCCACGCUGUCUCUCACAGUUAUUCUGCGCCCGCAGCACAACUCUGUGCUGUGGAGCCUGAAAAUGCCACUUAGCAGAUUCCCUCAGGGUGAUGACUUCAGUUUAGGCUGACCCACAUGCUGAGGCCGUGCCAAAGUGGCAUCAACUCCGCUAUCUGACUGGCUGUGAGCAUUUGUACAUCCGCCCAGAGAGUCGUACAUCAAGAUCAAACUCCAAGGCAGGUAGACUUACACUUCCCCUAUGGUAAUUACUCAGCUUUACUUGCAGGACUGUAGCAGAAAGAGAAUGUAUUUUUAUUAGCUACUGUCUGGUCCACAGGAAAAAAAUUGUCAUUAGAAUUUAGAUUGCAACCGCAACGGCACAGGAAAAAAUAGGCUGCUAUCUUAAAAACCUGGCAGCCUGUAGUAGUACAUUUUCAUAGACAUUAGCGAUACGUACUGUAUUAAACAUUUUUCCUGUUUCCAGGAAUACUUAUUAAUUGUACUAAAAUGUACAGGUUUGUUUAUCAUUGUUCCUCAAAAAUUGUAUGCCUACUUUUGAAACCUUGGCAUCAUCUGUCACGAGGCAGUAUCUGAAUAAACACCAGCAACUCUUCAUCUAUCAAAAUAGCAGAUAUUUUCUCUCUGUGGUUGAACUUGAUCAUCUUCUGUGUAAUUCGCUUUGGCCAUUUGCACUAAUCAUCAUAAUGAUGAGCCAUUAGCAGCCAAACAGUGCUUCUGCUUCUCUGGAGAUGUAAUAAUGGCAUCAGAAAUUACCGGGAUCAUAGUGUCUCUUAAGCAUUCCUGCCUCUUGAUAGUAUUAUUAAAUUCUAUACAUGAAUACUUAGUUUGGACAACACACUCGAUGGCUCUGAUAUGAGGUUAAAAUGGGUGCCAGUCUUGGGGUAAUGGUUUUUUUCUCCUAAAUGAUUAAGUAAAUCAGGAGCUAUUUUUCUCACUGCAGGCAAAAUUUAUUUUCCCCUUCAAGUACACAUUUAGAUCGUUCUUAUAAGAUUUAUUUAGAUAUAUUUCUAUAUAUUCUAAAUAUAUAGAAUAUAUAUAUAUACAUAUUAUGCAUAUAUUAGAUAUAUUUCUAAAAUUUGCUAGUUCUAGCAAACAGAUGACUUGUUUAACAGCCUUUCUAGCUGCUUAAUGAAAUCAAAUAAAAGUCAUGGAAUAUAGGAACAGUGGCACCGAUGCUCAAUCACAGCAUUAGAAGAGGAGACAUUUUCUUUAGAGGUGUCCCAAGCUGAUCUUAACAAUUGGUAUCAGGGACAAACCAGGCAUGUUUUAAUGGAUGGCAAGCCAAAAUAAAACUUGGUUGUUGUCGGGUUUGUGUGCCCUCUGCACGCCGCUGUCUGUACUCGGCCAAAGAUUGUUAAUUAAGUAAGAGAAACAUCACUCUAACAGAACGUUAUACAGCUACAAGCGUUUUUGUAGUCCUAACUUCAACAGUGACCCAUCUUCUCUCUGAACUGAUCGUAUCAGCGUCAGGAGGCACAUUCUCCCAGAUACAUACUUAUAUCUACCCAAAUACUGAUUAAGUAAUAGAUUGGACUUGGUAUUGGAGACACCCAAUAUUAAUUAAGAUUCAAAUGAGGGACAAAAAUCUUUGACCAGGACACCCCUAAAACUAAACUGUGAUUGAAAAUGAAGCACCCUUGUACUCACAGUCACUGCACAAAUACUCACAGCCUCUGGGAUUUUGCCGUUGUUGAUCUUUUUUGGCGGGUCAACAUGAAGUGAUAUUAAACUCACAUCUAUCUCUGAAGGCGUAAGCCAUCCACAGACCAAAAAGGUCAAAUUCCAACAAAGAUACCACUGUAAAACCAGCUGCAGUCUUGUGAAUGAGUCUUGAAUAUAUCUGCCCAUGUGUUUUUCCUCCCACAAAUAAACAGCAGCCCCAAAUCAAAUAUUAAUCAUCUUCUCCUAAUGCGUAGUUGUGCCUGUAACUCCCUGAUGCAAUGUGUAGGGUAGAAACCAAGCUGUAUAAGAAAAAGAAAAAAAAGUAAACACAGGAGUGAAGCAGAAUUGUUGUUCUUGUUUGUGAGUUAGGUAUUUGCUGCUAAUCUGCCAUGAAAACCAUUCUGGCAUGAAAGUCUGUUUGAUGAACUUUUCGAAGGCAAUGACUUAAUGAUGUUGAUCAUGUUUCCUAGACCACUGUUGCACUGAGGAGAGAAAUAUAAUAUCUAACAAACAUUUACCUUAUUUGAAUGGAAAUUUGUCAAAUUGGUGGCCCAGUUUUCUCACUGUAUCAACCAAGAAAACAAACUCGUAUUGUGAAAAGAUUCAGGCUCUGACGCUUCCUAAAGUCACUAUCCCAUCCAAAGUCACUCCCCAAUGGCUCCAAAUGAGUAAUCUACAGUAUUUGACAACUCUGAGACAUGCAUGUAAUGAAAAUAGAUCUUCAACAUGAUUGUCACUGACCUCUCAGUGAACUCUCACAGUCACAUACAGUUUACAGUUGCUUGUGAAAAAGUCACUUUUCUGCCCUCUCAUCGUCACGUCUGUCAGCUUAUCUCUUAAGGUCGAUUCAGCAGUAUGACAUCGCUACUAGAGCCAAGGAGAGCAAGAACAAAGAGACUGCACCUGCGCUUGCUGAUAUAACGACAUUAUUGGCUAGCUCAUGUUGUUUGUUUGGAUCUACCUUCAGUGUCACAUGACUAUUUCUGUACCUCUCCUUUAACCCUCCAAAUAAGGGGCUGCAGAGCUGAACCGCUUGGUGUGAUAGACAUUUAUAGGAACCACUGUUGUAGAUAACAUUGUUCAUGUUUAGAACAGGUUCCGACAUGACAAAACUGACUGUACAGUUUUCUUUAUGCAUUUUGUGUGUUCUGGUUUAUGAGGGAAUUGUUUUGUAAGAAAAAAUCGAAUUAAAUAUAUUGUAAAAAUCA